UACACGGCUUAAGAUUUCCCAAUCCAAUAAAUCUACCUAUAGCUUUCUUCAACUUAAUGAUAUGGCAAUGGAAAUUCUCUCCUUCCAAACGCUUGCCUUGAUCUUGUCAUACUUGCCUCUUAUUAGCUCCAUCAAUUUCAGUUACCCGGCGGUUUUCAACUUUGGUGAUUCCAAUUCAGAUACUGGUGGUCUUGUUGCAGGAGUGGCCUUCCCUAUUCAGCCAUUCAGUGGCCAAACCUACUUCCUCAAGCCCUCUGGACGCUUCUGUGAUGGACGUUUGAUCAUUGAUUUUCUAAUGGAUGAAGCUGGCCUACCAUUUUUAAACCCGUAUUUGGAUUCUGUUGGUGCACCAAGUUUCCAAAAAGGGUGCAAUUUUGCAACUGGCGGGGCUACCAUACUUCCAGCCAAUGCAGCUUCCAUAGACCCCUUUUCAUUUGGAUUUCAGGUUUUUCAGUUUUUCAGAUUCAAAGCUCGUGUUCUUGAACUACUAGCUAGAGACAAGAAGCUUCAAAAAGCUCUCCCUUCUGAAGAGCUUUUCAAGCAAGGUCUUUAUAUGUUCGAUGUGGGUCAGAAUGAUAUUGAUGCUGCCUUUAAUUACAAGUCAGAAGACCAAGUGGUCGAUUUCAUCCCAACUAUUCUUACAGAAUUUGAGACCGGAUUGAAGAGAAUAUACAAUACCGGAGCUAGAAAAUUUUGGAUUCACAACACAGGCCCUCUAGGAUGCCUACCAAGAAUCAUUGCCACAUUUGGAAAAGAUCCACCAAAGCUGGACCAAUUUGGAUGUGUAAUCUCACAUAACAGAGCUGCAACUGUUUUCAACGCACAAUUACAUAAUCUUACCUUGCAGCUUCGUGAACAAUUUCCAGACGCUAACUUCAUUUUGGUUGAUAUUUUCUCCAUAAAAAGUGACCUUAUUGCAAACUAUUCUCAAUAUGGAUUCAAACAGCCUAUAGCAGCUUGCUGCGGAUAUGGUGGGCUGCCAUUGAAUUAUGAUAGCCAAAUUGGUUGUGGAAUAACCAAGAAAGUAAAUGGAAGUACAGUGACUGCAACACCAUGUAAUAAUACAGCAGAAUAUGUAAACUGGGAUGGAACCCAUUAUACAGAAGCUGCAAAUCAAUAUGUUACUUCACAGAUUUUGACUGGAAAAUACUCUGAUCCACCUCUGUCUGUGAAUUCCUAUUCUGUCCAAAAUGUAUGACCUGUAAAAGAAAAGUUACCAGUCUCAAAGUAUACCUGUUUUCUGUUUAUUAUAAAUCCAACAAGUCAAUACAGCAAAAGAUCAGAAAUAUGUUUGAGACUAAGGAACAGAAUGCAAGUUCAUUCCAGUAACUUUACAUCA